AUGCCGCAUAGUUUAGGGUAUACUGAAGUAGAGGAGGCGCCAAAGAUAGAUAUUUUUAUCGACCGGGGUGGUACCUUCACUGAUUGUAUCGGCAUCCCCCAAGCCGCCAAACAGGAUGACAUUGUCGUCAAAUUGCUGUCCGUGGAUCCCUCAAACUAUCCAGAUGCUCCCACGGAAGGUAUUCGUAGGAUUCUGGAGAGGUUCACCGGGCAGCCUCAUCCAAGGAAUGCUCCGGUCAGCGCAGAAAGAAUCGGUGUCAUUCGAAUGGGGACGACCGUUGCGACCAAUGCGUUGCUUGAGAGAAAAGGAGCACGCUCGGCGCUGCUCAUCACCAAAGGCUUCAAAGAUGCCUUGAAAAUCGGCUAUCAGUCACGCCCAAAGCUAUUUGAUCUUGCCAUCAAGAAACUAGAAGUUCUGUACUCGGAGGUUGUCGAAGUAGAUGAGCGAGUGACCAUGGAGGACUCUACCAAGGAUCCAUCUCUACCAGGCGCAAUCAACACUGCAUCGGAUCCUGCUCUCAGAAUUGGUCGAAGUGGCGACAUCAUCCGCAUCUUGGAGCCGUUGAACAUGAAAAGCACCCGGAAAUCCCUCAAAUGUCUGCGCCAAAAGGGCUUCGAGAGUAUAUGCAUUUGUCUAGCGCAUAGCUACAGUUUCCCAGAUCACGAAAAUACCAUUCGCGACAUGGCACACGAGAUGGGUUUCAAAAGUAUCUCCACAUCAUCCAAUUUGAUCCCUAUGAUCAAGCUAAUCUCACGGGGCAUGAGUGCCACUGCCGAUGCAUAUCUGACCCCUGAGAUCAAGAAAUACAUUUCCAAUUUCCGCAAAGGGUUUAAGGGUGCUUUGCAGGACACCCGUGUCCAGAUCAUGCAAUCCGAUGGUGGUCUAGUUGAUGUCUCAGCCUUUUCUGGCCUGAGAGCUAUCUUAUCAGGUCCAGCAGGGGGCGUGGUCGGCUACGCUAAGACGAGUUGGCAUCCCGAUGACCGGGUGCCCGUCAUUGGAUUCGAUAUGGGCGGCACAUCUACAGACGUGAGUCGGUAUGGCGGCGAUCUAAGUCACGUUUUUGAGACGACCACGGCUGGAGUCACUAUCCAGUCUCCUCAGCUUGACAUCAGCACAGUAGCAGCAGGUGGUGGCAGCAUUCUUUCCUGGAAGAAUGGCCUCUUCGCUGUUGGCCCGGAGAGUGCAUCUGCUCAUCCAGGUCCUGCCUGCUACCGCAAGGGUGGUCCGCUCACUGUAACAGAUGCUAAUCUCUUUCUGGGCCGUAUACUUCCCGAAUACUUUCCCUGUAUCUUCGGACCCGACGAGAAUCUUCCACUUGAUUAUGAGAUUGCUAAAAGCAAAUUCUUAGAGCUGAGCAAGACUAUUAACGCUGAGACUGGCGACCACAAGACUGCUGAAGAAGUCGCCUUAGGUUUCUUGGCCGUCGCUAACGAGGCCAUGUGUCGCCCGAUCCGGGCCUUGGCUGAAGGCAAAGGCUAUGAGACAUCGGCCCACCGACUCGCCGUCUUUGGAGGCGCCGGUGGACAGCAUGGCUGCUCGAUUGCUAGGCAUCUCGGCAUCGACACGGUCGUCAUCCACAAGUACUCGAGUAUUCUCAGUGCAUAUGGCAUGGCACUUGCAAAUGUUGUGGAAGAGGUCCAGGAGCCUUGUUCCAUGAUUCUAAGCGAUAGCUCAAAAGAUGAGAUUAACACGAGAUUCGAGUUAUUGAAGUACCUUGCGGUGAAGGGACUGCUCCAACAGGGCGUAUCCUCGACAGAUAACAUAGAGAUACAACCAUUCCUCAAUCUCCGGUACGAAGGCACAGACACUCAGAUGAUGGUGACACUGCCAAGCGACGGUGACUUCAAAGCUGCUUUCGAGCGGCUCCACUUUCAAGAGUUCACUUUCCUACUCCCAUCUCGGGAAAUUAUGAUUGACGAUAUACGCGUACGAGGUAUUGCAAGAGAUUACGAGCGCCCUACGCCAAAUUUGUACAAGGAGCUCUCAGAGGCGGUAACUUCCCAUACCGCGAACCCCAAGAAGACGAAGCUGGCAUAUUUUGCAGGUUGCGGGUGGAUGGAUACACCGACUUAUAUGCUUCGAAGCUUGCAAGCUGGCAACCAGAUCCGGGGGCCCGCCAUCAUCAUCGACAACACACAGACCAUCAUUGUGACUCCCAACUCGUCCGCUCAAAUUUUGAACGAGCAUGUGGUAUUACAUGUUUUGUCCGAGAAAUGUUCAACCAAUGGAAAGAGCGGGCGACAAUCGUCAAGCCUACUACUAACCAUUGAGACUGAUCCAGUGAAGCUAUCCAUUUUUGGACACCGCACAUCGGGCAUCUACGACAACCUUUCAGAUCUCCGUGCUCAGGUUGCGGCCAAUGCCAAGGGCGCAGCACUCAUCCGGACAAUGUUCGAAGAAAACCCUAAAGAAGUAGUUCAGUUCUACAUGGACAAGAUCCAGGCAAACGCCGAGGUUGCCGUUCGCAAGGUUUUACAAGAGACUGCUUGCAAGCUCGAUGGUCGCACUCUUGGGGCAGUGGAUUACCUCGAUAAUGGCAGCCGUAUUCAAUUAGAGAUCCGGAUCAUUGAGGAUGGGAGUGCAAUUUUCGAUUUUACAGGAACAGGUCCAGAAGUCAUUGGGAACAGCAAUGCGCCCAAGAGUAUCUGCCUCUCUGCCAUCAUUCACUCCCUGCGGUGUCUGAUUAACGAGGAGAUCCCGCUCAAUCAAGGCUGCCUAUCUUCCAUAGAGGUCGUAAAUCCCGAAGGAAGUAUUUUGAAUCCAUCAGAAUGUGCUGCCGUCUAUGCUGGAAACACACAGACAAGUCAAAGGAUUGUCGAUGUCAUUCUCAAAGCAUUCGAGGCUUGUGCUGCUAGUCACGGAUGUAUGAAUAGUGUAGGGUUUUUUGGCGGACGGAACGCGAACGACGGCAAUGGAUACCGCUUUGCCUACGGCGAGACAAUAUGCGGAGGAUCCGGAGCCGGUAAUGGCUGGGAUGGUGCUGACGCUGUACAUUGUCAUAUGACCAACACACGAAUCUCAGAUGUUGAGAUCCUCGAGAAGCGAUACCCCAUCAUCCUGAGGGAGUUCUCGGUCCGUAGCGACUCUGGUGGGAAAGGCCGACACAAGGGAGGUGAAGGCGUCAAGCGCGUCAUUGAGUGCAGAGAUCCAUUAACUUUCUCCAUGAUAUCAGAGCGGAGGGUGACACGGCCGUAUGGUCUCAAGGGCGGCGACGAUGGGGCUCCAGGGGAGAAUCUGAUCUCGAGGAAAAUCAGUGCCGGGAAGCGGAGAAUAGUUAGCCUUGGCCCGCGCGGACUUGUGAAUUUGGAGCCUGGGGACCAGUUUAUCAUCAAGACCCCGGGAGGUGGUGGCUGGGGUAGGAAAAUUACAGAUGGGGCUGUCAAUGACUGUUCGACAAUCAACGGAACGUCGACCCAAUAA